GACGGGAUACUGUUCUCCACCAUGAACAAGUCUAAUCGGUUUCGGAUGAGCAGUUUUAAAAUAUUUGAUUUAAUGUUUAAUCAGCGGAACAUUCAUGAAUUAACAUGUCGGUUUGCUGUUGUCCUUAUUUUAACCUGCCAGUGUCUGGCAGACGAUGGAUACGAGAUGGAUGACUUUUUAAAAAGGGAGUACUCGCUUACCAAACCAUACCAAGGGUUGGGCUCCUCCAGUUCCUCUUAUUGGGACCUGAUGGGCAAUGCCAUGAUCACCACUGAGCAUGUGCGACUGACCCCCGACUUGCAGAGCAGACAAGGAGCAGUGUGGAGCCGCGUUCCCUGUUUCCUGCGCGACUGGGAGCUGCAAGUGCACUUUAAGAUCCACGGCCACGGGAAGAAGAACCUGAAUGGAGAUGGAAUGGCUCUGUGGUAUACCAAAGAACGCAUGCAGACCGGUCCUGUGUUUGGAAACAUGAACCUCUUCACUGGCCUUGGAGUGUUUGUGGACACCUACCCCAAUGAAAAUAAGAACCAUGAGAAGAAGUACAAUCCAUCGACUCAGAGGGUCUUUCCAUACGUAUCUGGGAUGGUGGGGAACGGGACUCUGGCUUAUGAGCACGAUCGGGAUGGCCAGUCCACAGAGCUUGGCGGGUGCACAGCCUUGGUGCGCAACAUCCCCCAUGACACCUUCCUCCUCAUCAGAUACACCAAAAACCGACUGACGAUACAGAUAGACGUUGAUGGUAAACAGAAGUGGCAGGACUGUCUGGACCUUCCAGGGGUACGUCUGCCUCGGGGCUACUUCUUUGGAGCCUCCUCUGUUACUGGAGACCUGUCAGACAACCAUGAUCUCAUCUCUAUGAAGCUGUACCAGCUGACUGUGGAGCGUACUCAGGAGGAAGAGGAGGAGGAAGAGCUCACCCCCAGUGUUGAUAACUUUGAAAACUUGAACAAAGUGGAGGUGCAAGAAGAGGGGAUGAGUGGAGUCCAGCUCUUCUUCACCAUAGUCUUCUCUGUCAUUGGUAUCUUUGUACUGGGGGUGGUGGCAGUGGUCAUGUAUGGGCGCUGGAAGGAGAACAGCCGCAAACGCUUCUACUGAGAGGGAGAGCUGGGUAGUCUAAGGCUCCAUCCCAAAUGGAACCCUAUUCUCUUUAUAGUGCACUACUUUUGACCAGGGCCUAUAGGGGUCUAGUCAAAAGUUGUGUUCUCGGGAGGGAAUAGGGUGCCAUUUGGGACAUAGUCUGAGGGAUACUCUGUGAAGGAGCACGAAUGAGGAUAUAGAUUUUUAAACAUACAACAAACAUGCUGUCUGCCAUACAUAGCUUUACUACAUAACAAUCCCCUUACCUCAUUAAUACUUAAACUGCGACAAAUGAACCGUUCUCGGACCAUCUCGGCCAAAAUAAAUCAAAUGUGACCCCUUUUUUUUAUUACAUUUUUUUUAUACUGUGAGAUGAAACUUUUUUGCCUUUUGUUUCACCUUAGUGUUGAACGUAAACCCCGAAGCUAGCUAAUGUAGGGAAGGAGACAAUGACCUGUGAAUUGCUGACACUGUCAUCAGCAGACUGCACUCGCUUAUAUGCAGUGUGCAUGAUGGCAACCAGCCUAUCUGUCAUGUUCGGCCGUUGAGACUUCCGAAUUGUUUGCACUGACAUGAAAUGCCCGUGAGAAGACUUAUAUUGAGCUGCCAUAAUAACUAAGUAAUGAGAGAGAGAAUUGUUCUCAACUAAAGUACCUAGCUAGGGCCAGUUUAAGACCAGGGCCUUCAAGAUAGUAAUGAAUCAAAUAAUAUUGACGGGGGAACAGAUCCUAGAUCAGCGGUCCUACUCUGAGAUGUUUUCUUGAAUAUGGGCCCAGGUAUCGCAAUGUACAUGCUCAUCCUCUAGUUUUAUGUUUUGGUUCAUGAGCUAACUUUUGGCUCUUGGUGCUGUAUUGCUGUGCUGUAACUACCAUUUACCUACAGUUGACGUUGGAAGUUGACAUACACUUAGGUUGAAGUUAUUAAAACUAAUUUUUCAACCA